CGCGUCCUUUGGCCUGCUCGUGGCCAUGACGUUCAUGACGCUUUUCAUGUCGGUCGUCGGCGCCGGCAUGCUCAGCCUCCCGUACGCCUUUGCGUCCGCGCCCUUCGGGCUCGUCUUUAGCAGCUUGGUGUACGUCGGCCUCUCGAUGGCGUUUAGCGCCGACACGCUGCUGCGUGUCCACAUUGCCACGUCGCUCUCGACCUUCAACGCGCUGGCGUUUGCGGCACUCGGUCCAUGGUUUUGCCAUGUCGUGUCGCUCAGCACGAUUCUCGCUGUCUUUGGCGCGUGCGUCGGGUGCCUCGAGAUCGUUCACGACCUCGCGCCGUUCCUGCUUGAGCUCGUGGGAUUGCCCGCGUCUCAGCACGCGCCGACGAUCGUCCUCUGCGUCUUUGUGGCCAUCAUGUACCCGCUCACGUUGCUCAAGAAGCUCACGGCGCUUCGUUUCUCGAGCUACAUUGGCUUUGGUGCGUCGCUCUACCUCGUGGUGGCGAUCUGCGUCGCCAAGGCGCAGCGCCCGACCGCUGUGAUCGCACCGAAAUCUGCCGUGCAACCGGUCGUGCUCACCACCGCGCACCUCAUGUCGAUGUUCAACUACGCGUUUGUGAUGCAUUUGAACGUCAUUCCGCUCUACGACAACCUGCGGCAAGCGACGCACGAGAGCCGCCACACGCCCGGCGGCAGCUUCAUCUACCCGGACGCAUCGAAAGUCAUGACGCGCAUCGUGUUUGCCAUGUCGACGGUCUGCAUCCUCAUGUACACCCUCUUCGGCUACAAUGCGCAUGCCAUGUACGGCGAUGCGACCAACGGCAACAUCUUGCUCAACCUCGAAGGCGAAGCGCUCAUGAACCUCCCACGCGUCGCGGUGUUGGCGACGAUCCUCUUUUCGUUUCCACUGAUUUACCACCCGCUGCUCAUGCUCUGCGAGUCGUUCACGAUGCACAUCGUGUACCAGCAGCACCCGAACUCGCCGACGGUCCACGCCGCGUCGCGCCCGGCGCGUGCGGUCGCCUCAAUUGCGCUCAUGGGCUUGCUCUUGUUUGUGGCGGCGGUCAUGCCCGGCAUCCAAGUGACCUUUUCGCUCACCGGUGCGAGCUGCGUGACGCUCAUCUGCUACGUAUUUCCCGGCGUGUGCUACCUCAAGCUUGUGCCGGACGCGCCGACGUGGCGCAAGGUUCUUGUCGCGGGUAUCAUGGUCGUCGCGUCCAUCGUCGGUGUCAUUGCAACCGUCCUCGUCUGCCUUGGGACGGCCUUUUAGCACCUCUUCUAUGGCUACUAUCUAUGUAUCAAUCCUGAAUGG